CUCACAUUGACUCGACAGGCAGUUUAUCUCAGCACACACUGUGUUACAUGCACACUCAUGAACUGCUUCAUCUCUGAGAGCCUCAAAAAACUGAAGAUGGGGAAAAUUAACGGAUGCCUCAAAUGCCUCUUUAUCUUCUUCAAUGUGGUGUUUGCAAUCUUUGGAUGUCUGAUGGUCUACGGAGCGCUGAAGUCCAGCACCUACAACCACCAGCUGUCGGCGGUCGGGAGUCCGAACAUGGCGUGGGGUUGGGUGUUUGCCCUCGGGAUUCUCGGCAUCUCCUGCCUGGGAAUCUACGCGGGCAGCUCUGAGAAAAUAAUCCUCCUCAAAAUAUUUGCAGGAUUCAUGGCGGUUGGAAUGGUCAUCAUGAUGAUCUUUGGCAUCAUUAUCGUUGUUGAACGGAACAAGCUGAUGUCAAACAUCAAAAACGCCUCCUCUGAGAUCAUAGAGCCUUUAAUGGAAGACCGGGAAAUGAGAGAGAUGCUUGAUGCGAUACAGUCAUCCGUCCGUUGCUGUGGAAUUGGGAGCGCCUCGGACUGGGGCGAUUCAAUUCCCAACUCCUGCGCCUGCUCUGGAGGUGGACUUUAUGGAGGAUAUGGAAGCUCUGAAUGUAAAGAAAGACCUCAGGGAACCUCAGGCCCAAGCAGGAUCUACAGAGAGACAUGCAGUGACUUCAUCAUGACGUGGACCAACUUCUUAUUCCAGAUCGUCAUGGGCAUAUGCUUUGGAUUUGCUGUCACUGCACUGAUGGGCCUGCUGGUCUCCAUCCUGAUGAUCCAUCAGGUCAGGCGUUAUGACAGCGCUGGAGGAGCGUCCAUCGCUAUGAAGAGCUACUGAAGGGAACCCUCCGACCCCUGACCUUUAACCUCUGCACUAUAACAGGAGGUCACAGCGGUCAAUACAUCUCUGCGUUUCAGAGAGAGCGUCAGGGAAAGCAGAAGAAAAAGGGACGGUGAGGUCGCACUGCAGGAGGAUUUGACUUAGGAGUAAAGGUGCUGUCUCCCUCCAGGUUUCUAUUGGAGAAAUUAUUGCAUACAUUUAUUUUUUUGUGAGUCAUUCUAUCUUUUAUAUGAUAUUUGAUUGUAAGCAGUACGACAGUAGACUUAUGUAACAGAGACAUGUAAUAGAAAAGAAACUCAGCCUUCACCACAUCUGACUACAGCUCGAUUAACCCAUCGACGUCACGGCAGCAGAGUUAUCAUUUUAAAACCGAAAGAGUAAUAGUUUACGAAAAUACCAAUUUUCUGAUUUAAAGGACCAGUGGCACCAGAAAACACACAGAAGUUCAUCUUUGUGUCUGAAAACUAAAUUGCCAGAAUAAAUGUUGACAGGUAGAGUUGCAGCAGGAACAUUUCUGUCAAAACGUUACGUUUCUUUAGGCUCCAUUCUAACUUUAUUCUAUUUAAGUUUAGGCACAAAAACACUUGUUUAGUGUUCAAAAUGAAAAUGUUUUGGCUUAAAAAAGCUGUUUCUGUUGCCUUAAACGUCUAAAAAAUACCUAGUGGUGUCACGCUUACAAACGUUGAAACAAACCUCUAACACUGGUCUCUUGCUUGGUGACAGCAAGAACACGUUUUGGCUUAAAUUGCCUGUUAUGGCCAUUAUAUAUAAGAUGAAAACUUAGAUUCAUUGUUUCUGGGUGUGGACAAUAACCUGGGUAUUUCUGAAACAAUCACCAACAUUAAAUUGAAACAUUUUCAGACCUUCCUCAGAUUAAAAAGAUGACGUUAGAUGAAGACUUCAGCUGUCACUUGUUGCUGUAUUUGUAGAAAAUGUUGGACACUGAACUUGUGUAUUUGCCAAAGCUAUGUGUACGUCUAUGUAAACACUUCAGUCGGGUAAAAACAGAUCACUUGACAGAUCUUCUGAGUUCAGUUAGUAAAUUUACCCAUGAGAAUUUAAAUGCAUCUAUCGAGGUCAUUUAACUUUAGAAAAAACACCUUAAUACAGAAAUGAUUUAAACGGAAAUCAAAUACAAUGACAAGAAAUGUUUUAUUGUGAAAUCUGCACUCAUACCAUUUCAAAAUAAAGUCGACUGAAUAAGUGUUGCUCUA